AUGGCUGGUGUUAACUUCACGUUGGUUACUGAGUUUAUCCUUUUGGGGCUGACAGAUCGUGCUGAGCUGAAAGUGUUCCUCUUCGUGUUGUUUCUGCUCAUCUACACCAUUUCUUUGGUGGGAAAUCUAGGGAUGCUCUUCCUAAUCCACAUAACUCCCAAACUCCAAACACCCAUGUAUCAUUUCCUUAGCUGCCUGUCCUUUGUUGAUGCCUGCUACUCCUCAGUCUUUGCACCCAAAAUGCUGCUGAAUUUCUUUGUUGAACAGAAGAUCUCAUUUUCUGCAUGUAUUGUGCAAUACUUCUUAUUCGUGUCACUCCUUACCACUGAGGGCUUCUUGCUGGCAGCAAUGGCGUAUGACCGCUAUAUGGCCAUUGCGAACCCUUAUACGGCGGCUAUGACUAAAAUGGUUUGUGUUGCCUUGGUCAUUGGAUCAUGUGUAGGAGGUUUAAUCAACUCAUUGACACACACAAUUGGCUUGAUGAAACUGUCUUUCUGUGGACCCAAUGUCAUCAGCCACUUCUUCUGCGACCUCCCCCCACUGUUAAAGCUAUCGUGUUCCGACACAUCCAUGAAUGAACUGCUGCUUUUAAUCUUCUCUGGCAUUAUUGCCCUGAUCACUUUCUUAACUGUGAUGAUUUCCUACUUCUUCAUCGUCACUGCCAUCCUGAGGAUCCGCUCAGCCGCAGGUAGACACAGAGCCUUCUCCACGUGUGCUUCACACCUCACGGCUGUCACCUUAUUCUAUGGCUCCAUAAGUUUUAGUUACAUUCAACCGAGCUCCCAAUAUUCCUUAGAACAAGAAAAGGUGGUGUCUGUGUUUUAUACCCUUGUGAUUCCUAUGCUAAACCCAUUGAUUUAUAGCCUAAGAAACAAGGAGGUGAAGGAUGCUGUGAAAAGGGCUACAGAAAUGAAAUAUUUUCCUUGUUAA